AUGGCUUCAGCUGGAGGACCAGCUAGUAUCAUCACACAAGUACAACAAUCGCCCGGACCGCCAAUCAAUGCGCUAGGAGUGUCGGAUGCUGCGAGCGAUGAGAACCUCACGCUCGACCUAAGAGGCACCCGCUUUACACUAUCCAGAGACGAGCUCCUGACCCUGCCGGAAUUUGUGUUGUUAUCGUUAUUUCCCAAUGGACUCCUGCCCGACGGUCACAUGAACACCUUCCACGAAGGCGAUGUCUACCCAGUCGAUGUAUGUUUUACCAAUCCCCACCCCAUACUUGUUCUUGGGAACCCCAAUGUCUACCUCGGAGAUCUCACAAUCGUUUCACAGUAUGACCCUGCGUCACUACAAUACAUGCUCGACUUCUUCCGGGGUGUGGCCCAGUCCAUUCCUUCUGCUUCGCCGUCGCCAACUGGAUCACCCGAGCCCGACCCAAUCUCAAUUGAGCCAUUGCAGGGCUCUGCUCGCGACAUGCUACAAGAUCGAGCUGGCAUCAUUGUCCUGCGAGAAGACCUCGACUUCUACGUCAUCCCGCCUCGGCAAGAUAUCCAGCAAGCCGAGAUGCUCGAGGUCAAGCGCGCUGCUGCAAAGUCGUUACUCAAGCAGGAUGGCAUUUUUUCUGGCCUCAAAAGAAGCGAGGAGACUGGUACAACGGAGCAACACCUAAUCGAAAUGCUGACCGCGGGUGGCUUCGAUCAUGACGAUCGGUGGGGACAUCGUGCAGGCGAGCCAAACAAGGCAGUCAUCUGCAGUCUGGCCCUUGCUCGAUUGCGAACGGACAUUAAAGGUGACAUGGCUGCGAACAACGUUGUUGGCAUGGCACAAAAGCUACUUCUCUUCUGGCGAAAACCUGCCAGGCGUUGCUGGUGGGAGGGAGUUGACUUGACUGAUGUUAAGGGCGUCGAGGGCACUCUGAAGGUCUGGAUCCGGAGAGUGUGGACGCUGGAGAUGUACGAUGAUAUAGCUAUUCGCAUUGAUGAUGGCGCCUGCGCAGCGUUCGUGAGUUCAUAUGCGCCCCGAUUGCGACAAUAUGGCAAUACUCUCAUACAACCUGUCGCGCAAACCCAAAGCAUAUUACCUGGAGGCAGAACCACGAAGAGAGGCACCACAGUUAUCAACUACGCCGACGACGCCUACGACGAUGACGAUUUCGAAGACAGUGAUGGCCCUCGACGGCCAACGGGCCUCCGGUCGAUACGAAGGGAGGAUCUCGAGAAGAAAGAGCCACAGCAUGAAAAGUAUGGCAAGGAGAUCUCGGCACCUGUCGACUUGCAACCCAUAUACCGAGAUUGGAUGGUGAGAAGGACCGUGAAGCCAUCGACGGAGCGGGAGAUGCACAUCCAGGCCCACGUGGCAGCCCGACUCGCCAUAUCCGCUACCGCCCGCGCAAUACCAGACGAACUACAAUUUGGCGCAGCGAUGUACAAGAAAUCAGAGCUCGUGCCAGCAUACAAGAUUCGAGAUGUCUUCUUGUGGAAUCUACACGAGAAUCUCAUCACGCCGGAAGAAUUCGCGACGAUAUUUGUGCGCGAGCUUGAUCUCAGCCCUUUUGACCAGAGACGCUAUGUCGACGAUAUUGCAAAGCAGAUCCGCGGACAGUUGGAAGAUUAUGCCGGGAUAGCGCUUCACCCACUCUUCUACACCCAACCAGCCAUUCAACGAGCGCCUGUCACGAACGGCACAGCAGCGCAGCCUCAAAUUACGAAUGGAGACUCGCAAGUCGGUACACCAUCAAUUGGAACCCCAAGAAUGCUUGCUGCAUCUAUCUCGCGACCGAACUCGGCCAUUCCAGCGCCAAGUACACCUGGUCCAGAAACACCGCUACCACAGCCACUGCCAAAUGGUGCCUCAGUAGAGGCUACGGCAGAUCUGAUGCCAAUCGAGCCGCCGAAACCAGACAUUGACCCAUCACUCAACCCGGACGACACAUACCGGUGUAUAGUCACACUGUCCGUCUACCUGGCAUCAAAACUUUACCAGGACAAGUUCGAAUGGUCGUUAUUACAUCCUCCAGGCGCAGCAGAAGCUUUUGCAAGGCAGACAUGUGCCGACAUGGGACUUGGUGGAGAGUGGGUCCUAGCCAUCACGCAUGCCAUCUACGAGGCUGUCCUCCGGCUCAAGAAAGAAGCCUGCGAGGGCCAGAUCCUGCUCGCAGGCGAGAUCGACAACCAGGCAGUCCGUCCGGAAGAAAACGCCGGUUGGCGCUACGAUGUAGACGACUUCGGUGCGGAAUGGGAGCCGAAAUUUGAGGAGCUCACUAAAGAAGAAAUCGAGAAGAAGGAAGGUGAUCGAGAACGACAGCUACGAAGACUGCGGAGAGACGCCGCGAAACUUACCUCAAACGCCGGCAUGCUUCCGUCAGCCCGUGAGCAAGAGGCGCAGAUACGUGGCAGCUACUUUGAUAUGCCUGGCCUAGGCAUGGGUGGUGACGAGACACCAAUGAUGGGCCGUGGCGAGCGUGCAAAGAAGAAGCGCCGGUUUAGGUCACUUAGUCCAUUGGCAAAGGCUGGCACCCCAGACGCAGCGAACUCGGCUGGAGCGGCGUGGGGUGGCGAGGGCAGCAAGUUGACGGAGGACGAAAAGCGGAGCUGGCGAUGUACGCACUGCCAUAUGCCUGCCAGUGCGGUUUGGGCAGUUCGAGAUGGACCAGCAGGUCCCAGAACAUUGUGCAACAACUGCGGAUUACUGUACGAACGAGAUCAAAAGCUGCCGGUCUGGUCAGAAGGACUGCAUCGGCGGAAAGGUUGA